CCUCGUGACAAUUGAAAACAGUUGUAAGCCUUGAACGCAGCACGGCCAUGUCCCGGAAGCAGAGCGGUGUGUGUCCCGGAGAGACGUGGCUGUUUCUGCAGAGACAUCUGUCUCCUGACCGAGAGGACCGCACCGUCCGCCCGGCUUCUCCCGCUCUCUGCCCGCCUGCUCCUCCACCUCCACGAUGAUUUCUCUCACGGAUUCACAGACUCUCCUUCCUGGUUCCUGCUGCUUUAGUCCUGGAGAUCUGCUCCUCAGCUGCAUUGCUCUUUGGGAUUUCUCCGUGUUUGUGAUUGGUCAGAUUCUGCAGACGCCGCCCCUUUUUAUGUGCACAGAGAUCGGAAUGGGGCUGACGGGCUUCGGCGUGUUCUUCCUCUUCUUCGGGAUGAUCCUGUUCUUCGACAAGGCCCUGCUGGCCAUCGGGAACAUCCUGUUUGUGGCCGGACUGUCCUUCGUCAUCGGACUGGAGCGGACCUUCCGCUUCUUCUUCCAGAAGCACAAGAUGAAGGCCACCAGCUUCUUCCUGGGGGGCGUGCUGGUGGUUCUGAUUGGCUGGCCCAUCGUCGGCGUGGUGCUGGAGAUCUACGGCUUCUUCCUGCUGUUCAGGGGCUUCUUCCCGGUGGUGGUGGGCUUCAUCAGGAGAAUACCAGUGCUGGGCUCCAUCCUCAACCUGCCCUUCAUCAGCGCCUACGUGGAUAAGGCGGGGGAGAGCAACACCAUGGUGUAGCAGAGCCUGUGGGUGCUCCGCUGUGACGGCUGCCCCCCCCCCCCGCAGUGGCUUUACAGACGCCCGUGUCCCACGGCGCCGAUGGCAAACGUCCCCGUUCAUUGCGCCGGCAGGCCAAGACUGUUUCCUGUUGGCCGGCGCCGCCAGAGUCUGAACCUCAGGACGGGCUCCCAAAGUCACGACUACAAACCUUUCCACCACUACCGGCCCCCCAGCCAGGGACGAGGAAGACGAGGAGCCCUGAGCCAUCGGCUGGAGGAGGAGCGCCACACGCUGCCAUGUUUCUGUGCUUUAACUUUAUCUGGAUGAAAGCUUUUGGGUCUGUGUGCACUUCCUGUCUGUCUCCUCUGUUACCUGUUCUCUCUGUUUACAGUUGGCUUCAAGUGCUUCAGUAUAAAUUAUUUUUUAAACGA